AUGGCUGAGGAGAUGCAGGGCACGGAUGGGAGAAAAUACGGAUUCAAUAGAAGAAGUGUGGCAGGCGUGAAGUUAAAACGUGCACAAGUGGUCAGGUGGAUAAAGCCUCAGCAGGGGAGAUAUAAGCUCAAUACAGACGGAAGCAGUAGUCCAGGUGCUUCAAGCGCGAGUCUCCUUCGAGAUGCCAACGAUUCUAGAUGGUGUUUAGAUGAGCUAUUGAAAAUCCUUGAGUGUAAGGAAAUGGUGAAACAAUUUGUUUUACCCCUGUUUUACGAUGUAGAUCCGUCGCAUGUACGACAUCAAAAAGAGAGUUUUGGAGAAGCAUUUAGUAGAGUUGAAUAUAAGUUCAAGGCUGAUAAAGUAAAGCUUACAAAGUGGAAGGUAGCUUUAGAAAAAGUAUCCAAUUUGUCCGAAUUCGAAUUUGGGGACAGGGAUGAAUCAGAGUUUAUUCAAGAUAUCAUUAAAUGGGUGGACUCAAAAAUGGUAGAUCGUACACCUCUUAAUGUUGCUACGUAUUGA